GGGAGAUGCUCACACUGAAGGCACCGCAGCACAGAAAUGCGCACCGUUCCGAGCCGGACCGGGCGACAGCUUCACCUCCACUUCUGCAGGCUUUACGCGUUUCACAGCACAAUGGGUUAGAGGGUGAUAAGGCAAACUUUGACACACUUUGCAUGACACGGGAAAAUGCCCUGCGUUGUCUGUAGAGCUCUGCUGCCGAGCGGCUGAAUUGAGAGCAUAAUAACAGAGACUUCAGAGAGAGAGAGAGACACACACAAACAGAGACGAGGGGACCUGAUUCCAAUCAUUUCUAUCCCGGUUCCUCUCCCACUUUGGUUUUGAGAGAUGAUCACGGAGCUGGUGUGCACCGCCGUGGCUGUGGGUCUCUAUCUGAACACGCUGGACGCAGAUUUCUGCUACGAUGACAGCCGAGCCAUCAAGACCAACCAGGAUCUUCUCCCUGAGACUCCCUGGACCAACAUCCUGUACGACGACUUCUGGGGCACUUUGCUCACUCACAGUGGCAGCCACAAGUCUUUCCGUCCACUCUGCACCCUCUCCUUCCGCCUCAACUACUCCCUGCACGGCCUCAACCCUUGGGGCUACCACUUACUGAAUGUGGUGCUGCACGGCCUGGUCACAGCCCUUGUCACAGCCUUCAGCCGGCCUCUGCUGGGUGGGGGACUGUGGAGCCUUUUGGCAGGCCUGCUUUUUGCCUCCCACCCGAUUCACACUGAAGCAGUCGCUGGUGUGGUGGGAAGGGCGGACGUUGGUGCCGCUUUGUUUUUCUUGCUGUCUCUUCUCUGCUAUGUGAGACACUGUGGACUCCGAUCGGUGCCACAUGGGGCCUUCCAGAACAGGCAAUGUGGUGGAGGCUCUGUCAUCAGGUGCUGGGGCUGGAUGCUGGGUAGCCUGUGGUUUGCAGCAGCCAGCAUGCUUUGGAAGGAGCAGGGGGUGACGGUGCUGGCUGUGUCAGCUGUGUAUGACCUCUUCGUGUUCCAGAGGCUCCGGUUUCGCCAGGCACUUCUUCACCUAUUAGGAAAGAAAAAGAACAUCAACGUUUUGCUGAGCCUUGGCGUGCUAGCUUCCUGGGGAGUACUCUUGCUGUCAGCUCGCCUCUACUGGAUGGGCAAUAAACCUCCAAACUUCUCCAAUUCCGACAACCCUGCAGCCGACUCGCCUCAUUUCCUCACUCGAACGCUAACGUUUCUCCACCUGCCUGCUGCCAACGCCUGGCUCCUGCUCUGCCCUGACAAGCUCAGUUUCGAUUGGUCCAUGGAUGCCGUGCCCUUGGUCAGGUCCUUGGCCGACUGUAGGAACCUUCACACUGUUGCCUUUUAUGUUGGAAUGAGCAUUCUGGUUUUGUUUGGCCUUCGUGGUCCCACCUCCAAAGUCAAGGAGACCAAUGGGAAGGCCCAUGUCACUAAUGGGAAAUCCAUCACUAAUGGUAAUGGUUACCACGCUCCUGAUGCAAACCAUAACACAGAGCAUGGCUCUCCAAAAACCGCCCUAAAUGGCUCAGCUGGACUGCACCACUGCCCUCCACGGACACCCCUGCCCCCUACAGAAAGCCUAGUACUAUUUUCACUGGGCAUCCUUUCAUUGCCUUUCAUCCCAGCCACUAACCUAUUCUUUUAUGUGGGUUUUGUAAUUGCAGAGAGAGUACUAUACAUUCCCAGUAUAGGCUUUUGUCUGCUUGUUGCUGCUUGUGCAAGAGCCUCGUUUGUUAGACUGAGGACUAGAGGCUGCAAGGCUGUGCUGUUGUGUCUCUGUAUGGGUCUAGUACUGCUGAAUGGCCUCAGAACUGUUCAAAGAAACAAAGACUGGAGCAAUGAGGAAAACCUCUACAAGUCUGGGAUUAAUGUGAAUCCCGCUAAAGCCUGGGGAAAUUUGGGGAACGUACUGAAGAACCAGGGCAAGAUGGCGGAGGCAGAGAAGGCAUACAGAAAUGCUCUGCACUACCGAGGGAACAUGGCUGACAUGCUGUAUAACCUGGGUUUGCUUCUGCAGGAGAAUGAACGCUUUUCUGAAGCGCUGCAUUAUUACAAGCUUGCCAUUGGGAGUCGGCCUACGCUGGCAUCAGCCUACUUGAAUAUAGGAAUAAUUUUGAUGAACCAGGGUCACCUGGAAGAGGCCAAACGCACCUUCCUUACUUGUGCUGACAUUCCCGAUGAGAAUUUGAAGGAUCCCCACGCUCACAAGAGCUCCGUCACCAGUUGCCUGUACAACCUGGGAAAACUGCUCCAUGAACAGGGCCAGCAGGAGGAGGCCUUGUCUAUGUUCAAGGAGGCAGUGCAGAAAAUGCCAAGGCAGUUUGCACCACACAGCCUUUUCAACAUGAUGGGAGAAGCCUACAUGAGGCUGAACAGGCUGGAGGAAGCAGGCCACUGGUACAGAGAGUCCCUCAGGGUCAAGCCUGACCACAUCCCUGCCCACCUCACUUAUGGAAAACUGCUAUCCAUCAUUGGGCAGAAAACAGAAGCGGAGAGAUAUUACCUGAGAGCUAUUCAGCUAGACCCGACGAAAGGAAACUGCUACAUGCACUACGGACAAUUUCUGUUGGAGCAGUCCCGUCUUGGCGAGGCUGCGGAGAUGGCGGAAAGAGCUGCAGAACUGGACAACUUUGAGUUUGAUGUGGUCUUCAGUGCUGCUCACAUGCUCAGACAGGCCAAUCUAAACGAGGCGGCGGAAAGGCAGUACAAGCGUGCAGCCAGCCUCAGACCAGAUUACCCAGCUGCUCUGAUGAACCUUGGUGCCAUCCUCCACCUGAAUGGGAAGCUUUCCGAAGCAGAAGCCAACUACCUGCGGGCUCUCCAGCUCAAACCUGAUGAUGUCAUUACCCAGUCGAACCUGCGCAAGCUGUGGAACAUCAUGGAGAGGCAGGGACUCAGGACUAAACGCGCGCUCGGGAUGCAGAAAGGCGAUGUUUGAACUCCUCCCUCACUGAUGAUGUCAUCUCCUUCAGAGAUAUGAAAGAGCUGGUGGCUCAAAUUUCACUAAAGACUAUUUCUUUAGCGAUUCAGCUCGCAGUGCUUGUGAAAGACACUUUGAAGGUUUGAGGGCUAGGAUUCAGUGGGCAUGUGCUGCCUCACAGUAUGCCAUAUUGCCAUAUGGUAGCUCAAACUACUAAAACAAACUUCUUUUGCAUACAUUUUUUAUAAAAUGCUAUGAUGUUAAAUAUACAUUGAAGUCAAAAGCAAAUAAUUUGAAAUUCUUUAAGGUCUCAAAUAUCAGCUAAUUGUUAGUUGAUAUAAUUUAAACAUCUGGCAUGAUUUAGAGCACUUGAUUUAAUAAGAGCAUACAUUCAGGUGUUAAUUCUUACAGAAUAGAUUUUAAAGCGUCAGCACUGAUGGGUAAAUUACUCAAGUUGUUUCAUUAUAUCAGCUAGUUUAACUGAAAGAUGGACUUCACUUCCACAGUUGUACAUGUCAGAUUCUAUUUGCAGGUCGUAGGGAGAACUACUGUGUAUGUGAAAACUUGUAUAAAGUCUUUUGUUGCUCCCAAAGGAGCAAGUGAUGUCACUUCAGUCAGUGCUGAUUGAGUCUGAAGACUACAGGUGUGAAAGUUGAAGGAAUUCUGGGUGGCAGGAGUUACAAGGAAGCAAGCUUAACAGACCAGAAGCAUCUCUGUUUAAGUUUCACUGCUUGUGGCGCGAAAUUGAGUUUCGACCAAAUUGUUGUCUGUUAAGCUGCAUUAUGGGCAAUGUAAGCACCAUUUUUUGGUUGUUUUGGACAAGGAAGAAGGUCUUCUUUUGCUUAACUGCCCAGUUAUAAUGUUGUAAGGGUGCAAUCCUAAAUAGGUGGAGUAAUUUUAUUUAAUUGUUUUGUAAAGAAAGGAAAACGAAAUCCCUGAUGGAUUGCUCAGGAUAGUCCAGCUUUGAAUUUGCCUCCUAACACACUCAAUUAAACAUUAAAAGCAUGCAAGUGCAUAAACAUCUUCUAGAACCGCCUUCAGAUAAAGUGCUGUACAUUGCUCCAAGCACAUAAAGGAAUAGGUUUGGGCAUAAUGUACAGCCAAACAGGUCACUGACGAUUGUUUGCACGUGGUGCAUUUUAAAUUCUCGUGACUGUAAUGAUGAAAAAUUCCUCAGUGGUGCCAAAGCUUGUACUGAGUCUUUACACCUCUCGUGCCAAGCAAGAACUUUUCUUCACUCCUGUGUUCCUCGUGUCAAAUAAAGAUGUUACAUUUCAUGUGAUCAAAUUUAAUUUAUUAAUAUGUUAUUUUCUUGUGAAUAUGCCAACACUGUGCCGUUUCAUUGUCGUAUCUGCCCACCCUUUCUCGUUCCUCCCCAUAGAUAGGCUACAGUAGGCAAAAUGACAACUAUAUUGAAAUGGUUUCACAUGUGUAUUUUUGUUCUCUCUGCUCAGGGACAUCAGGUUGUGAUUCCUGUCACAAAAAUAGUUUGUGACACAGAGAGAGCUUUUAAACGAUUUUAGAGUUUUAUGCUUUUUUUCCUGAUGAUUGUGAUGUUUAGUUAAAUUAAAGGAAAUGUGUAGCUUAAACAGUGUUGUGUUUUGUAAAAGUGAACCUUUUUCAUAAUAAAGAGAUGAUUUUUUUUUUU